AUGUCCUUCUCUCGUGCCUUGCUUGGGCAAGACGUCUGGAGCCAAUCUAGGGAGAAAGACGACCCUAUCUUCCCGGAACGUAUCGCACUUCACUACGAAAGGGCGCAGUCAAUCUGCCGAGAGAGCGGUCUUUCCCUCAAUGAUGUCCGUUACUUGACCAAGAAGUUUUGGGAUUUUCACUUCGACUUGAUUGCCGCCCGCGACCCGACAGCCUUCACCAUCGCGACCAUCCACAUCAAUCUCUGUGUCGGGACCUUGAGCAACUUCGUCGAGGCUAGGCCCGAUUUGUCCAACAUCAUUGACGGGUUGUUGAACUUUGAGAUCUGCGGCGAAUUCAUGCUGACAGAAGUCGGCCAUGGCCUGGACGCCCGCAACCUCGAGACCACAGCAACCCUGCAACCAGACGGGUCCUUUGACCUCCACACCCCCAAUGCCGCAGCCGCAAAGGCUAUGCCCCCGACGACCCCAAACGGCGGCAUACCCCGCGUGGCCAUUGUGUUCGCACGGCUCAAGGUUGAGGGGCAAGACCAUGGAGUCAAGCCUUUCCUCGUCUGGCUCUGCGACGAACACCACAUGAUGCGCGGCGUCACAUCCCGCGCACUGCCCACACGAUCCGGAACCCACAUGAAACCCCUCGACCACGCCAUCACGAGCUUCAACCACGUCCGGCUGUUCCCCAACGCGCUCCUCGGAUCGAUUGCCAAGCCGAAAGAUGAGCGGAUCGACUUCAUGAAACAGAUCCAACGAGUGUCCGUCGGGACCCUGGCGCUCUCGAUUGGGAGCAUACCAGCCAUCAAGCUAGGAACCCGCAUCACCGCCCUGUACAGCCAAAGGCGGAUGGUCGGCGCUCCCAACGGCCGCGGACACACCCCGAUCAUAUCAUUCAGCACGCAGCAGCGGCCUAUCGUCGAAGGCUGGGUCCAGGGUACCGUCCUUGAUUCCUAUGCCCGGUGGACCGUGAAGGAGUUCAUGAGUUCUGCCCAUAGCCCCACUGUGCGACAUGCGCUGGGUACUAUAUUCAAGGCGACUACCGCGCGGGCAUCGGGCAUCCUGCAUGAACUCGCCGAGCGGUGCGGUUGGCAGGGCCUCUUUCCGUACAACCAGGUCAGCGAGCUGGCGCUUAGUCUCCAAGGCGUCUACAUUGCGGAGGGUGACAAUCUUGUGUUGUGCAUACGUCUUGCGUCGGAGCUACUCGGGGGCAAGUACAGCCUACCAGAACCGCGAGACCCAUUUAGUAAACUGGCGCAACGCGAACGGGCAAUGAUGGAGAGCACCAAGUGCAAGAUCGCCGAGCUGGGUGGGUACGAGAAACACAGAGGCCAGGACUUCAACCGACACAUCUUGCCGCGCUGCCGGCCCCUCAUUGAGGCCAUCGGCCAUCGGAUGGCAUACGAAGCAGCCAAGGACUCGGGGGUCGACCCGAAGGUUGUCCACCUCUUUGAGAUGUUGUGUCUGACGACAAAUCUCGGAUGGGAUGUUGCUGAGGAACGUACCAUCACGCCGGGGUUUCACGACGCCUUGGUCAAGGCGUAUGAUGAUGUUUUGCCUGACAUGUUGAAGGCGAUGCAGGAUGAAUCGGAUGACAAUGAGUACAUCACUGCUCCUAUUGUCUCGGAUGAGUCGUGGAGCGAGUUUGUUCAGGGGUUGCCGUCGUUUGAGUAUCCCAGCGAUGGAGAGGAGGGCUUUCAGCCUGCUUUCUAG